AUGAUUAGGAGACCAUGCUGUGAGAAUGUAGUAGGGUUGAAGAAAGGACCAUGGUCACCAAACGAAGACCAGAAGCUUAUAGCAUAUCUUACUCAAAAUGGCCAUGAAAGUUGGCAUUCUUUGCCCGCAAGGGCAGGUCUUCAAAGAUGUGGAAAGAGCUGUAGAUUAAGGUGGAUUAACUAUUUGAGUCCUUAUAUAAAACGAGGAAACUUUAGUUUGGAGGAAGAUCGCACUAUUAUUCAACUGCACGCUCUUCUCGGAAACAAAUGGUCCACAAUAGCGACUCUCCUUCCAAGGAGAACAGACAAUGAGAUAAAGAAUCAUUGGAACACCAACAUCAAGAAAAGACUUAUCAAAAUGGGCAUAGAUCCUAUUACUCACAAACCAAUAUCCAAAACCAAAAACAGCGACGAUAUUGCUAUAAAACACAUGGUUCAGUGGGAGAGUGUUAGAUUGGAAGCUGAAGCAAGAUCAUCAUCAAUGUUGGGCAAAACUAAACUUGAAUCGUUACCAUCCUCAUCAAGUUCAUCUAAUCUGUCAAUAACCAUACACAACAAUGCAGUGUAUAACAAUAUGUGUGCCAUUAUGCUUGCAAAGGAUGAUGACCCUUUUUCUCCAAUAUCCCCUACAAGCUUUCCUAGUAGGGACCUGCUUUCUUCUACCAAUGAUUUGAUGUUCGGAGAAGGCUUACUCCCGUAUGAGGCUGAUAGAAGUAAUAAUAAUAUCAUUACUAAUGACCAAGAGAUCGUGGAUGACUAUGGCUUUAACUUGCAAGAUGAUGAUGACAUAAUGGUUGCAUUGGAAGCUUUUAGAGAUUCCUUCGAUGAAAUGGAAAAUACAAUUGAGAUGCUAGCUUUUCAUUUUUAG